AUGUCCAUGCCACCAACUUCUUCAAACCCUGGCGAUAAUGGGGAGGCGGCUUUCCUAAAUAUUGUUGCAAUUCUAUAUAUGAUCGCUGCGUUUCCAAUAAUGCUCUUUAUAGGUUAUUUCUUAAGGAUUUGCUACGUAAAAAUCUUCGGGGUACAGCCACCCCUAGACAUUGAGAUGGGGCGGCCAAGCUAUCUCUCUCAAGCCGCCAUGCAAGGCCAGCAACCGCGGCAGAAGCAGCAGACUCCAAAGCGAGUCCCGGCCGGGACUGUUGCUACGUACAAGAAUAUUAAUCAAGAAACCGAAGCAAAUUGCACAGCCGACGAGUGUGCGAUGUGCUUGGAAGAGUUCAUUGACAGGGAUCUUUGUAAGGUUUUAUCCAAGUGCAAACAUAUGUACCAUCAACGGUGCAUAGAUCGGUGGCUGCUAGACCAUUCGCAUUGCCCGCUUUGUCGUGGUUCUGUUCAUGGCUCAGGAUUAACUCCUCAAAAUACAGGCACCGCUUGA